AUGGCUCAGCAUUACAACCUAACCUCCCUCUUCCUGCUCACAUUUAUCUAUUUUAUGCAAGACCGCAUGAUAACUAUUGCAACUGCACGCCGCCUUCUAGAGACGCCUCUCCCUAAAAUUCUUAAAUCAGAAUUUUUGAAAGCUUCAACCUUGCAAAAACAUGUGUCAAAGCCAGAGAUACCCGCUGGUCCAAAGGCUGAGGGCCCAUCAGCUUCGAAGCCCGAGUUUUCAAGUUGGCCAAAGUCCAAACUUCCAUCUUGGCCAAAGCCUGAGGUUCCAGCUGCGCCGAAGCCUGAAAUCCCAAGUGUGUCAAAGCCCGAGCUUCCAUUAUGGACAAAGCCCGAGAAACCUGCUGCUCCAAAGCCCGGAUUUCCAAGUUGGCCAAAGCCUGAGGUCCCAGCUGCGCCAAAGCCAGAAAUUCCAAGUCUGCCAAAGCCCGAGCUUCCUUCUUGGCCAAAGCCUGAGAAACCUGCUGCUCCAAAGCCAGAGUUCCCAAGUUGGCCAAAGCCUGAGGUCCCAGCUGCACCGAAGCCCCAUCUUCCAUCUUGGCCAAAGCCUGAGGUCCCAGCUGCACCGAAGCCCGAGCUUCCAUCUUGGCCAAAGCCUGAGGUCCCAGCUGCGCCGAAGCCCGAGCUUCCAUCUUGGCCAAAGCCCGAGAAACCUGCUGCUCCAAAACCUGAGUUUCCAAGUUGGCCGAAGCCCGAGCUUCCAUCUUGGCCAAAGCCCGAGAAACCUGCUGCUCCAAAGCCCGAGUUUCCAAGUUGGCCAAAGCCCGAGCUUCCAUCUUGGCCAAAGCCUGAGGUACCAGCUGCGUCAAAGCCUGAGCUUCCAUCUUGGCCAAAGCCUGAGACACCUGCUGCUCCAAAGCCAGAGUUUCCAAGUUGGCCAAAGCCUGAAAUCCCAAGUGUGCCAAAGCCCGAGCUUCCAUCUUGGCCGAAGCCUGAGGUCCCAGAUGUGUCAAAGCCCAAGCUUCCAAGUUGGCCAAAACCUACGUUUUCUCCACCACACCAACCCGCUACUCCUUGA